UUUAAACAAAUAAACAGCAUUCACAGUCGGGCCGCGCCUCAACCAGAUUCCACCCACCAGCAACAAUAACAACAUUGCGAAUGCACUCAACCACACACACACACACAGACAUCAUCACACAAACACAGAGAUAACUCUCUUGCAUGUACAAAACACUCUCAGUGCUCUGAAACGCAACCAGUCCAGUUCCAGCUCCAAUCCAAUCCGAAAUAGUUGAUUUUAAUGAUGUACAUAAUAAAAUUCCCAUUCGUUUUGUGCCAAUGCCAAUGCGUUCCAGCUUCAAGGCAUGUUUACACUGAUUGUGGAACGUACAAACACACACACGCCAACUGAUUUACUAAAAGAGAGAAUGAAACAGAUCAUACGGGGCUCUCGCCUUCUAUCUCUCUCUCUCUUUUACUCUCGCAAUUGAUGCUGCGUCUGAAUGAGUGGAAAAGAGCAGCAAGCGGACCGGCACAGGGUUGCUCAGCUGAGAUUGCUUCACGUUGCGGGUCGCCAUGCGAAGUGAAGUCGCUCGAGUCAAUUUCGAAAUCAUUCGUUAGUCUUAGGCCUAAACAAGCGGACACGCGCGCGGCUAAAUCCCGAAUCAAAUUUCGUAGAUGACCACGAAAAGUUGGCAAAUUCCGUAUUUCGUGUUCUUCAAUUUUCGAGUGCUAAGCGUUUUCCAGUGAAAGAGUUGAUUCUGUAACUGAAGCUCUGUACGCUGUCAAGUGCCAAAGUCUUAACAGAAAAUUGAGCUUUAGUCUUUAGUCCUGUGCGAUCGUAGGACCACAAAUAACUGCCAAAAAAGCAUAAGUUAGUCCAUAGCUAGUCCGGCUAUUCUUCAGAGUGAAACGCGUUUUUAACGAAUAUCCCAAGCUGGGUAGUCCAUUUCUGCACACUACGCCCGCGGGUGGCAGCUGCAGCAGCAACAACCCAUCCCCCACACCAUCGGCAGCCAAGCAGCUUGCCCAGACAUUUCAGCUGUCGGCCAACUCGGCCUUCAAUCUCGCCCUGCCGCCCAGCUUCUAUCAUCGCCUACCCACAGACGGACCCGGUCCCAGUCCGGCCAACGCACCGGAGUGUGCCUCCCUCGACUACGUACACUCGCCCAGCACCGAUCCGGACAUGGAUCUCAUCAAUCCCUAUAUGCGCCAUCACAGUUUUGCGGCUGCCUCCCAGAGCAGUCCGCCGUCGGCGGCACGCCAUCAUUUGGCCGCAGCGGCUGCCGCAGGUCUGAGCAAUGGAUUUGCCGAUGUUCAUGCACAUGCGAUGGCCGCGGCGGACUAUCAGCAACAGCUGGCGGACUAUCACAGUGCUGCGGCAGCAGCGGCGGCAUAUGCCAGCAGCAACAACAACAACAAUAACAACAACAAUGGACUAAACAGCCCACUAAUGCUGCUGAAGGCGGCGCACGGCGGCGCAGUUGGCGCCCGGCUGGAGGCCAAAUCAUCUGCUGAGGAUUCGCCAUCGACAACGCCACCGCCCGCCUCGUCGCGCCUACACUCGGAAUCGUCGCCCUCGCCACGUUACGAGCACAACUCCAGUCCCGGCGUCGACAGCGCCAAAUCCUUCGCAUUGAGCCAACGCAGCAGCGGCGGCGAGGACCACUGCCAGAACAGCGAGUCCAGCCCGCCGCCGUCUGACUACAGUCCAGAGAACUUGACCAGUCGCAAGUAUCAGCAUCAAAGCAGCGGCCUUAAUCCGCUUAGCCUGCACAACAGCAACAACAAUAUUGGCAACCAUCCCAACAACAACAACAACAAUAACAACAACAUGGAGCACAAGCUGCCAUUGAGUUUUCUGGGUCCGCCACUAGCGGCUCUGCAUUCCAUGACCACAGAAAUGAAGACUGCACAAGGCGUAGGCACUGGAGCUGGCAGUGGCGUAGGCGCCUCCGGCAAUGGCCUGGUCUAUGGGCACAGUCCCAACUCCCAUUUGAUCAGCGAACGCGUGACGGGCUCCAGCUCAAGCAGCUCGACGACAACAAAUACCCAAGGCGCUGCCAAUCCGCAUGGCAUCGAUACGAUACUCUCCAAACCGCCGCCGGUAACAUCGGCGGGUCUAAGUGCUUUAACGGGAGCUGGCAUUCCACGUUUCUCUAUAGCCGCUGCUGCGGCAGGCAUGGCUCAAUAUCUAUCGCAGAGCCAGGGAACGCCAUUGAAGACGCACGCCGGGCACAUCGUGGAUCGCACGCAUCUGUACUGGCCCGGACUGCAGGGUCUGGUGGCCAAUCCGAUAGCGUGGCGGGAGCGUCUAUCGAAUACAAUGUCAGCCAAUUUGUCACAAUCCCAUCAGCAUCAUCCAUCCAGCGAUAAGGAUGGCAAAAAGAAACACACCCGCCCAACAUUCAGUGGUCAGCAGAUAUUCGCGCUGGAGAAGACAUUCGAGCAAACCAAAUAUCUGGCUGGGCCAGAGCGUGCCAAGCUCGCAUAUGCCUUAGGAAUGUCCGAGUCGCAGGUUAAGGUUUGGUUUCAGAAUCGUCGCACCAAAUGGCGCAAACGUCAUGCGGCGGAAAUGGCCACGGCCAAGCGGAAACAGGACGACAUGGGCGGCGACAACGAUGGAGACUGCAGCGAGACCAUGGAUAGCGACAACGAGAGCCUGGACAUGGGCGAGGCACCCGUCCAAAGCAAAAGGAGUCGCAGCAGCAGCAGCUCCCAGCAUCAGCAGCAACAGCAACAGCACCAGGAUAAUUAUCGUCAUUAAAACGAAUUUACCAAACGGCAAAGGAUAUGCAAGAAAAUUACAACAAUUACAACAAUAGCGCCAGCUAAUAAACUCGAACACACCGAAAGGUUCGCAACA